UAGUACUAGGUGGCUCAAGUCACACAAACCUCAAACCUCCGAAAUGGCAUCUACAUUGUCCGUCAGAACACGCAAUGUUAGAGACCACGCCUGCGAAUUAGACUGCAUCAAGACCGUCGACACCUUAAUGGAUUACAUAAACAGCGGCUACCUCGUAAAAUUUCGUCGAAAAUUUCGCUGCAUGUGUCUUGUGAGCGAAACCAACCCCGAAAGCAAAAUGUUCUUCAAAUCAACGAGUCAAAUCAACGAAGAACAGAUCAGACAUCUCAAGAAAUUUUACUACAUGAUCCAUCCGUUCAGCGAGGUCCGAAGAAUAUGGGAAGGCGUCAUGAUCAACGUCUACCUUCUUCAAAUGAUGCUCUUGGUACCUCUCGAACUAAUCUUCGUUUUUAAAACCCCUAUGAUUAUCUACGUUCCGAAAUUUGCGUUGGACAUUGUGAGUUACGUGGAUAUCGUGAUGAAUUUCUACACAGGAUACGUAAAGCGGGCAAAUCAGGUGGUGGUACUGAGUAGGAGGGAAGUCGCAAAGCAAUACUUAUUGGGAAGUUUGUACAUCAAUGGGUUGUUCUGGGUCGAUGUCCUGUCUUCGAUUCCGUUCACGAUCAUCAUGUAUAUUUUCGACAGACACGAUUUGUACUUUCUCAAGGUCUUCUUCUUCCUCAAGUUGUUCCGAAUACCCACGUUGUCCCGCUUUAUCUACCAUUACUUCUUGCGGCGCAACUUCUGGACGACUACCCUAAGGUUCGUCCUGCUCCUCAUCUGGUUUCUCAUCGGUAUAUUCUGGCUGUGCGCUUUCGCGGUCUACCUCAUGCACUUCACCACCGACAACCUCGACUUGUACAAUAAAGACUUUUUCGCCGCAACUUACUUGCUGGUAAACGCUUGUACCACCCUGGUGGAAUGCGUGAUGCUGGUGGGCCCAGACCCCAUGGACCUCAACACACCUUGGGAAAAAAAAGCCCUCGUCAUCAUAUUUGUCAUUUUGGGUAUUUUCGUCAACUUGAUCAUCUUGUCCCAAGUACUGAGCUUCUACCAAGCCAGGAACGCAGCCCAGAACAAACACCAAGAACUCUUGCAACAGAUAGACCAGUUCUCCCGGUACAAAGAGAUCCCGCCGGACCUACGCGACAAAAUUGUGACCUACGUGGAUUUCAACUACCACAGGAAGAUCUUGAAGGAGGCCGAUGUGUUGAAGACCUUGCCGGUGUUUCUGCGCGAAGAGGUUAUGCUAUUCAAGUGUCAGGGUAUAGUGGAGAGAGUCGACUUCUUCAAAACCCUUCCAGCGAAGCUGCUGCUGCAGAUAGUGACGAAGCUCAAGGCUGAGAUUCAUCUCAAGAAUGAGGUUAUUUUUCAGGUUGGAGGCGUGGCGAAUUGUAUGUAUUUUAUUUCGGUGGGAUCGGUCGAUAUUUUUUCGCAGAAUGGAAUGAAGGUACUAACUUUUGGUGAAGGGAAGCAUAUUGGCGAUGUAGGCGUCAUGGCCAACACGAGAAGGACGUUCACGGCUAUGGCAGCCAGCGACUGCGAGUUGCUGGUUUUGAAGAAGACUGACCUUAUGGACAUCUUGCUACCGUAUCCUCAGUUAAUAGACCGCCUGGCGUCUAUGGCGUUGAAAAAAUACGAAAAAUUGGUGUUAAUGUUGCAAGAAUUGUCCGGUGGGAAACGCCAGUAAUAGAUUUGUUAACUUUUUUACUUAGUUUGAAGAAUUGUUGUAGUAUUUUUGGUAUUGGUAACAAUAGAAUUAAUAAAAUAAAAAUUUCGAUUCUUUAGAUUUUCGGGUCAUGAAAAGCAUCUCAGACACCAUCGAUUCUAACUUUUGAAAAAGCCCGUAACUUUGGAAAUCCGUUGUUACAUUGUCAACCGACU